AUGCUGCUUGUUUCCCUCUUUACCUCUUCUUUCCUCUCUGCAGCUCCUGCUCAGGCCCAGAUCAUCCAUGCUGGGCAGGCGUGCGUGGUGAAGGAAGACAACAUCAGUGAACGUGUUUACACAAUUCGUGAGGGGGACACGCUGGUCCUGCAGUGUCUGGUCACGGGACACCCCCGGCCACAGGUGAGAUGGACCAAAACCGCUGGCAGCGCAUCGGACAAAUUCCAAGAGACGUCAGUGCUUAACGAGACCCUUCGGAUUGAGAAGAUCCAAAGGCUGCAGGGGGGCCGCUAUUACUGUAAAGCAGAAAAUGGGGUUGGGGUCCCUGCCAUCAAGUCCAUUCGAGUAGAUGUGCAGUAUCUAGAUGAACCUGUUCUCACCGUUCACCAGACCAUCAGCGAUGUACGUGGCAGCUUCUACCAGGAGAAGACUGUCUUCCUCCGCUGUACUGUUAACUCCAACCCACCAGCUCGCUUCAUCUGGAAACGGGGAGCUGAGACGCUUUCCCACAGUCAGGACAAUGGUGUGGACAUCUAUGAACCCCUCUAUACACAGGGUGAAACCAAAGUCCUGAAGCUGAAGAACCUGCGGCCCCAGGAUUAUGCCAGCUACACGUGCCAGGUGUCCGUCCGUAACGUCUGCAGCAUCCCUGACAAAUCCAUCACCUUCCAGCUCACAAACACCACAGCCCCACCUGCACUGAAGCUGUCUGUCAAUGAGACACUGGUGGUCAACCCUGGUGACAACAUCACUAUGCAGUGCUCUCUGACGGGCGGUGACCCACAGCCAGAGGUGGUUUGGUCUCACUCUCCUGGCCCAAUGCCUCCCAACAGCCUUGUGCAAGGAGGCAACCUCACUAUCUGGAGGAUCCGCGUGGAGGACUCUGGCUACUACAAUUGCACUGCCAUCAACAACGUGGGGAACCCAGCAAAGAAGACAGUGAACCUGCUGGUGCGGUCCAUGAGGAAUGCCACGUUCCAAAUCACCCCUGAUGUGAUCAAAGAGAGUGAGACCAUCCAGUUAGGACAGGACUUGAAGCUCUCCUGCCAUGUGGAUGCUGUCCCCCAGGAGAAGGUUGUCUAUUCCUGGUACAAGAACGGGAAACCAGCCAGGUUCUCAGACCGGUUGCUCAUCACCAGGAAUGACCCUGAGCUCCCACCUGUGACCUGCAGCUUGGAGAUUAUUGACCUGAGGUUCAGUGACUAUGGCACCUACCUGUGUGUGGCUACCUUCCAGGGAGCACCCAUUCCUGACCUCAGUGUGGAGGUGAACAUCUCCUCAGAGACAGUGCCACCAACCAUCAGCGUCCCUAAGGGUCAGUCCACAAUCACUGUCCGGGAGGGCUCCCGGGCUGAGCUGCAGUGCGAGGUUCGAGGGAAGCCCAAGCCACCCGUCAUCUGGUCCCGGGUAGAUAAGGAAACCCCCAUGCCUUCCGGGACAGUGACGAUGGAGACAUACGAUGGGAAGCUGCGCCUCGAGAGUGUGAGCCGAGAAAUGAGUGGGACCUAUAAGUGUCAAACAGCCAGGUACAAUGGCUUUAACAUCAGACCCCGGGAAGCCCUGGUGCAGCUCAACGUGCAGU